AUGUAUAUAUAUUGUCCCUUCAAGAAGGGCAAGAUCAUCAAACUGACAGAACCUGUCUCACGUUGGAAAAUUGUUGAGAAAGUUAACGAGCACGAGCAGUUUGAAGACACCGAGCCACACCCCUCCCUUGCCUCCGCCAAGUUCCUCUGUCGAGACGCCAGUGACUCUUCCAACAACAAAUAUGCCUACCUUUGUAUUGUACAACAGAUUCCCUCGGUUAAGGGCAAAGUCUCAGACCAUGUAUCUCGGGAAGCCACCCAACUCACUCCGGAGCUCAAAGCCACCCAACUCUGA